UUGGAACUUUCCGUAAUGCGCACCAUCCCUAAUCUGGAUGGAGGUGGAGGUGGUCAGCCAACCACACUGUCUCCAUCAUCCCGUGUCUCUUCUUGACCUUUGUCAGUCUCAGCAAACCUGCGGUACAUAUUUGACUAAGGUACAAUUGGCACCAACGCCAUCGACGCUUUAAGCUCCACCCACCUCAUCUGCCCUUUAUGCCUGCGCGGUUGAUGGACCCUGUUGGCCUGGUUCUGGCCUGCUUGAUGGGGGCAGCAUUUCUUGGAACGUAUGCUGUCUUAUUCUGUUGGAGCCUCUGCAUUUCCCCCAGGGGCGGCGUACCUUGGUUCCUACGCAUAACAUCUUUCGCCGCUCUAGCCUUAUCCACCGCUCAUGUCACAACCAGCUUCAUGUGUUUGUGGCCUUUUGUGGAUUACUUGGAGGAGUAUGGCGACGUUGCCGCAUCGUACUUGAAUUUGACCACGACAGAUCAACUCUCAUGGUCGUCAUUUACUUUACCGCACGCUCCCAAUCCCUCGAAAUACACGACUCUGAGAGAUGUGAUCUUUCUAUUGACGGGUAUUUUACAUGACACUGUUUUCAUAUGGAGGCUUCACAUGGCCUGGGAUAAGUCAUACCUCAUCUGUGCCCCCUCAACGAUCCUGGCAACGACGACCAGCUUAAUAGGGUUCUUUGCCAUAACGCAUCCUCCAAGUCUGGCUUCUGUACUGACAGUUCAGGAUCGAUUGCGAAACUUUACAAACUACUUCAACUAAAAAGCGAGAUGACCGCCUCGGCUGGGAGCAAUAACACUAGUUCCAGCGAGGAGAACAAAGUGCCUUCUGCCGUCCCCAAAACUCAAUCAGUGGCAACAUCAUCGAUGAAGUUAUCCACGCCGUCGGUAUCUCCUUCCCCGGCUGCCGGUGGCAAAACAUCGGCGACUCUCCCCCGAACCGAACUCCAAAUUCAG